GUUUUUUAUGCUUUAGCGCAGCAACAGUCGGUAGGCAGAUCUGCUUAUAUAAAUGCAUCGUCAGCAGUGCCACUAACUAAUUGUAUCCCGAAAGCAUAAGCGAAAAGAAGAGUCGGAACCGCGUUAAGUGAAUUUUUGAAGAAUAUUUUCAAGUGAUUACUCGGAAGGUGAGUGACAAACAGGAGUGGAAAGUUAUGAAAAUUGUGUAACUUCGGAUAAGUUGCCUACAAACGAACACACACAACCAUGAAUUUCAACAACGCAUGUGGUCUGGCACGUAUUGCUGUCGCUAGUGCCGGCCGUCAGCUGAGAUCAAGGAGCAGCCUGGUUGCACGUAAUCAGCCUCACCAGCAGAUUCAGCGAAAGUCGUUCUCGAGUGGUGCCGUUGAACCUAAGGAAGCACCCAAGGUGGAACCGAUCAGUGCCGCUAAUCUCAGCUCCCGUACCCAUGCUCCCAACAAUCUUGAGAAACGGAUGCUCGUUUUCACGAAAAAAUACAAAACCGUUGAGGAGAUUCCAUCUUAUAUCAACCAAGAUGUGAUGGAACGCUGUCGCAACCAGGUGCGCAUCAAAAUCGCUAACUAUAUGAUGAUCGCAACAGCAAUCGGCUGCAUUGUGAUGAUCUUUUUGGGUAAACAGGCACAGGAGCGGGGCGAAACCGUUCAGAAAAUGAACCUUGACUGGCACAAGGAAUACAACGAGAAAGCUGCACAGGAAGAUGCUGCCGCGAAGAAAUAAGAUAGCGGUGGGUUCUUUCUUCCUGUUUGGAAGUUUUUGUGAUUAAGUUAAUGCCCUUUGUUAGAGGGCGUUUCCCAAGUACUGAUAGAGAGUUUUGAAAUGCUCGUGCCCGUUUUAUUAGUAAUAGUAACAUUGUAACGGGAUUGUAACAUAGAUAUAUUUUGUAAGAUGUUUGAAAUUUUUGCAGUUAAUAAAAGAGAAUAUAUAUGUUCGAACGAA